AUGAUCCGCCGAAACAGAAAGCCCUCUUCAUGUGAGCCAUGUCGCAUCGCAAAGGUGCGGUGCGACCAUGCGGCCCCCAUUUGCCAACGAUGUCAGACCAGAGCAAUAGGCAAUCUUUGCUACUACCACCCGGCUCCCCUGACUCGAGUUCGAGACAAACAGGUCCGCGCUCGACGCGCACGCCAGCGCGGAAACCAACUUGGGAACCGGGACGAGACAAAAGAUGCAGAAUUGACAGAGCAUCACGGGAAAGGGCUGUCUCCCUCGUCCCUGAGCGCUACAGCAAGGACUCCUGGGUCAGACACCUCACAGUUUUUGGGCUCAACAAGCUAUUUGGCUGCAUUGAAGGAACACCCUCUGUCUGUUCUACCAUCUUCCCCGUCCAGUCGAUGCCUCCAGGACGAGUUCGAGCACUGGCGGACUGACCAUGCGUACACAUUCGCUCGACUCAUCCGCCUUGUAUCUGCGGCUGCAUUCCAUUAUGAACAAAUCGCCUGGUACUACGAGAGGGGCCGGUUUACCAUAAUCCCCGCACCUUUGAUAUUGGGUCCGCUGGCAGUCUUGAAAGAGUAUGUUCAGGUGGAGUCCUGGGACGGUAUCAGUAACUGGGAAUCCUUGCACAAAGCGAUCUCUGCUGCAAGUGCCAUUCCGCUCCUGGUCGACACCACUACGACUCUGGACGACUUCCGCAUGAUGGUCAGUGGGAAACGACUUCGGUGGGAGUUUGUGGGCUUGAUGCUUGCAUUGGCAGGCAUUAGUGUGCAAGGUCGUUACCCCAGCCACCACGUCCUUGAGCUGAGAAAUGGCGAGCAGAUGGAUGUGGAGACCUUCACCAAGGACAUGGUGCUUGCAUGUAAUGCCUGCCUUGAACUUUGCAGUCGAUAUGGGCAGGCCAAUGAUGUGGUGGUGUGGAUGCGGUACAUGCAUAUCUUCCUCGGAACGGAGGUUUUAGGAGAAACAAGUGGACGGGUCUACAGGCUGUUUGGUGACCUUGUAUCCAGUAUCUAUGCAAUGGGGUUGCAUCACAAUGAGGACAAGAACAUCCCCUUCUACCUGUCCGAGACUCGCAGACGCAUACUUGCAGUGACACACAGAACCGACAAAAACAUUGCGACGCUGCUUGGGAGACCCCCUCGUCUUCCCCAUCACUACUGCGCGGUAGAACUGCCACGGGAUCUGGCUGAUGAAACCCUGUUCCUAGAUCACAAAUGUAUCGAGAUGGCGCUUCUUACCUUGGAUAAGGAAGGCUGGAACACAGCUGGACGAUUUUACCCGGCUACCGUAAUUCGCAUGCGCCAGAUCCUGUCGGUUCUGCGCGAGCAAGUACUCGAUCUAUCAUUAGGCUGUAGAGGAGAGACUGGUCGUGGAGAUCGGCUUUUGUAUACUUCACUUUCCCUCUGGCUUCCGAUAUCUGACCUUUACCUCGUUAGGUUCGCCUACCAAAGAUGCCGAGACACCUGGGAAAAGAUACCUGAGCAGUUCCGGUACCGUCCUGAGUGCUGGGAAACAAUGGGUGCUGUUGACUGUUUGGCCCGCGUGAUUGUGCAUUGCGAGUACUUGCUCAGCGUUUUUCAACUCCAUCGGAUCCGCUGCCAGGACAGUAUGAACGGGAUCAAAGAUCUUCUGGACACAUCAACGAAGAUUUUAUCUGUGAUUGUCGACCUUACGAGACGGUGCCAGCGGCAUGAAGUCCGUAAACAGCUCCCCUGGAUAACUAUCGUCAAGUGUCUGAUCUAUGUCAUACCCGCCGCGGGUGUGUUGGUUUCAGAGAUUCACCGUCACACACUCUCGAACCGAGCCCUACCAUCUUCAAUGCCUCGCUCCGAGAUCAUCCGCACGCUGAGUUUUGUAAUUUCGUGGUUUCAGACAUCAGAGCUGCCAUCAACAAGCUCUUCCACAGCAUGUAUGGAGCUUAUCACCCUUAUUAGCCGGCUUCUAGACAAUUCGCUCGACUACCAGCCCGUUUUGGCGCAUUCCAAUGUCUCUGCUCCCGUUAUUGCCGGGAAUGGGGAAGGAAGUGCAGCAACUGGCAAUAUACCCGGGCUGCAGCAAGGGACCAACUUUGAUGGCGUAUCGGACGCGAUGACACUGGAUUCAGGAGCCCGACUGGAUGCGAAUCUGGGGCUCGAACUCGCCAGUGAAGAUUUCUUGAGUUGGUUGGAUGAUUUGGAUCUUGACCUUGUGACUCCGGAUUGGAUUUUCUUUGGAGAGUAG